UACCGCCACUCGAGUCAGAGAUGCACGCUGCCAGCACGUUUCCUUGAGCCACGCUAUAGCUCUCUCCACACUGUUUUCCUAUAUCAAUCACCUUUAUUUUAUUUUAUUUCUCUCUCUCUUCUCCCUCUCUCUCUCACCGUUUGACGAUAUACUUCCGAGUCAACGACAUACAGUCUUGGUUAUCUACUACAUCACAAUCUGUAUCAAUUUUCGUUUAAUAACCGUAUUUCAUGUCCACAAUUCUCUCCAGCUCGGAAACGACAAACACUUCGCCGACUCCGAUCAGUCCUUUCUCCAACUAUUCAGCUGCUAGUGACGCUACUUCAGAUGAGUCACCCGACCUUGGGGCUUUCACCACUGUCUUUAGGGCUCUCAACCACCUUCAGCCACUCGUGCCUCCUCGAGGAGGUGCCUACAUCUACCCAGAGUUUGAUACACCCUCUACCGACGCUGUCCCGCUCUCUUCACUUCCGACUGACUCGGAGUUCAUAGAAGGCUCUACGGUAUGGAACCAGAGCAUGCUAGCGUCUUACCUCGCAUCCUCGAGCUCCUCACACACACGCUCGGCAUUGACCAGCAUGACCGCAAGCCCGCCCCUUCCAAAUCCCGAUGAGACGGAAGGCGAGCUUGAGCCGCUCACAUUCACGUUCACGACACCUAGUCGAUCACAGUCUCAUAAUUCGGAUGCGGACCUGAGUCAUGAUCCUUCGCUUUCUGAUGGAGAUAUUGACUUAGGAGAUCAACCCACUCUUGGUGACCUCGGUGGCGCGUUUUCCUUCCUUGCUGCAGAGCGUGCCAGAAUUGCUGCCCGUGAUCGUGGCACAGGCAAAGAUAGCUCCACGAGCGAUGGCGCUUGGAGAAACGAUGCGGAACCUCGCCGUACACGCAAGCGGAGAAGAAAGAAGGCGAGGGUGAUUCAACUCCUGCAGCGAGAUCCAGAGAACGUGGAACAUGAAGGCACGAGUCACACCACAGGGACCAGCACAAUUCUGGGCGUAUCUGGGACAAGCGAGCUUAUCACUGUCUCCUCGAACCCAGAGCCCGAACCUGAGACAGAAGAAUCGUCGUCUGGCGAUAAUGCUGCUGUCACUAUUCCUUCGACACCUGCACACAAGUCAUCAUUAGAUAGGCUGCGCCACAGUCGUUCUACCCCAUCAUUGCAUCUAUCACAGAUACCCACCAAUCCUCAAAUUCUCAAGUUACGUUGCCUUGCCCAUAAGCUACGACUCAAGUUCCCGGAGGACUACGACCGCAUUACGGCGUUGCUCACGCAGGACUUUAGCGGUGUCGAUUCCGACUUUUCAGACCCUAGGGGUCCAGCACCGCGACCUAGAGAUUCUUUGAUUCAUGUUUUUAUUGACCAGAAGCUACGCCUCUCUCAUGCAGCCCUCGCGCUCCUCCUUGAACGCGGACGUCCCAUCACGCGGCGUUGUCCUGACACAGCCGAACAGCUCGGGUACGAAGUCUGCAUUUUUGUGCGCGUGCCAGACAGUGGGAACGGGCAGUACCGUCGUCCACCAAGUGCCAACACUAGUGCAGAAUCAUGGCGCAAGGGACAUGCGCGAGCGUCAUCAGACUCUGACAAAGGCAUAGGUGGUAGCGGAGGCGCAGGCUUAACUGCGUCUGGGAGCGGCGGCCGUAAUGGACGUGUCCGCUAUCGAGAGCAGGGUGUUGAUGAACUGUUGCAGCUGAAGCUGCAUCAGGCGAUUGCGGAUGCGGACGUGCCGCGUCCGGGUGCAACGAUAGUGCUAGCAACAGGUGACGGGAACGUCGGGCAGUUCAGCGACCAGGGCUUCCUUGGUCCUGUGCGAAUUGCACUGAAGAAGGGGUGGCGCGUGGAGCUAUACGCAUGGGAGGAUGGCCUGAGCCGUGCUUGGAAGAAGGAGUUUGGCGAGGGCACGCCGUGGAAGGAUAGGUUCCGCAUCAUCAAGAUGGAGGAUUUCGCGGAGGACUUAUUGGAGGUCGAAUAGGGGCGGUGAGCUGUGCCGUCUGUGUUUAAUUGCUUUGUCGAGAUGUUUGUUCUUUUAUUGUUGUGCAUGUUGAGGGUACUAUUUCACGGGGGGUUGGCCUUUAUGCAUUAUGCUGACCCAGCAACGGCGUUCUUUUUUAUCUUGGGUUGUAACUAGCAUUCACAAAUUUGUAUCUUAAGCAGGUACGAGUUACUGUUAUCAUGAGUUAUGUAGACGUCGGUUGUACGUAGUGUCUACUAUGGUAAUUACAAAGUUAACUUCCUGUGCGCGGUAGCACACUUGAGCUGGUUGAAUGGGAGACGCAGAUCAUCGGUCCCCUUCACCCCCCAUUGUGGCUGACUUGCUCUCAGUUUAGC